GUUGGGUCAUGGGAGAUUGGAUGCGCGUCGAAGGUGCGUUCGAAGCUCUGCGCGGUCGUGGUGCGGCAUGGUCCUUCCUAGCACUGAGGCGGGUAAUUGACAUGUUUUGGAGCCGGCUGCUUGUGCUCCCGACGUCGAGGCAAUAGAUGUGGGGACAGCGGUGAGCGUCUCGAAGGCGUCAGUGGGGCUUCUCGAAGGCGUUGGUGGGGCUUCCCAGGGCGUUGGUACAGUUGAUCUCAAGCGUCAGAGUCGGGAAGCAUUCGGAUAGGCGGGUGUGAGUUGAUACAGAGGCCAUGACGACGAUGCGGAGAACGAGCCCUGGGGACCGAAAGACCACCAUGAGCAUCCUGCAUGUACGCGGCGCGCUGCGGGACUUGCGUGAUCGGCGGGAAAGGCGCUGCAGUCGGCGUCCUCGUCUUCCUUGCGAGCGACGACGGGGCCGCUGGGAGUUGGCAGCUUGUCUUCCCGGAUUCGGACUCCAAGACGCCUACGCUCUCCGCUGGUCUCUCGAGCUACGGCCGCUCUGGCUACUACGACAGCAAACCGGCCUCGGAAGGACAAGGCAUCUCGCCCGGGAGAGCUCACGGCGAUGUAAGCUACGGCAAGAAGGACUCCGCCCCCAACUCGAGGUAGCAACCGCGCGCGCUAGCGCGACCUGGACGGAGGCAUCAUCGUC